GUAAUUUAUUGAAACACCAAAAGUAUGUAAAAAUUGCCGGACAAAUUAAAACCUUUGGCCACAAACACAAUCAAGUCACCAUUGUUUAAAUUAUUGGAUCUCCUAUUUAUUGUGGUUAAGUCCUUUUCUGCUUUUUUGCUUUCCGUUCAAUCUCCAUUCACUUAAUGCUUAUUGCCUUGUCUUUGUUUCUCUCUCAUCAUCUCCUUCCCUCAGCUUUUUAUUCAUAGUGUUUAUUGCCUGCUAGGGUUUUCUUCCCUUUCAAAAACUUGUACAAAAAUCCAAUAGUACCUUUUUAACAAUCCUUUCCUAUAUAGAAGCAAACGACAAAGGUUGAAAGAUUUGACGCUACCAAGAACAAGAGCAGAUAAGUGUUCUUUGUAGACAAGAUGUCUUCUUCCAGCAGCUACUCAAACCCUCCAUGCGCUGCCUGCAAAUUCUUGAGAAGAAAAUGCUUGCCAAGUUGCAUUUUUGCUCCUUAUUUUCCUCCAGAGGAGCCAAUAAAGUUCACAACCGUACACAAAGUAUUUGGUGCCAGCAACGUAAGUAAGCUUCUGAAUGAAAUCCAACCACAUCAGAGAGAAGAUGCAGUCAAUUCUCUCGCUUAUGAAGCCGAGGCGCGGUUAAAAGAUCCUGUCUAUGGCUGUGUUGGAGCAAUUUCAGUUCUUCAAAAGCAAGUUAUUCGCCUCCAAAAAGAACUCGAUGCCACAAAUGCUGACUUAAUGCGAUACGCCAAUUAUGAAUCAGGAGGAGGAACAGGUACUCUAAUUGGUCAAACAUAUGGAAUGUUUGGUCCUAGAUAUUCUUCUGCGUGGAAUAGUCGUAUUAAUUCAGGAGAUCAUAAUAAUGGAAUUGAUGAUGAUAGUGGGAGGUGAGGAAGUUCCAGCAUCACUGAAGAAAAUGAUAAGAUAGCAAUAUUCUAGCUUGUUAUAGCUAGAUAUUGUUAGUAGUAUUUGUUACUAUAUUAUUACCUUUGUUUCCCGGAGUGGAAAGCAAACCUUAAUGUAUAAAACAGUCCUAUCAAUUUGGUGGAUUAUUGAGUUUGUGUAUAUGUAUAUGAGGAGAAAUAUAUGUUUCCAUAUA